AUGACAUGUGCUGAACAAGAAGAUAUUGCAAUUCUUGCUCAAAAGAUUGUUUCAGAUCACAUGCUGUUUGUAUGUGCGCAGAAUGCAUAUGAUUUGUGGAAUUCAAAAACUGGAGUCAGUAAUUCUCACUUGUUUCAAGCUCAAAAACAUGCCUUGGAAAUAAGAAAAAAAGUAUUGUUAAUGGUGGAGAACAAAAAAACAAUUGAUGCAUUGGAUUUCUGUGGAAGCAUCUUAUCAUUUGAUGGCAGUGAUGAUAAACAAUCAUCUAUAAAACAAUCUCUAUCUUCAUUAGUGUUUUUAGAUCUUUUGCAAUCAGGAAAAUACACUGAAGCCGUAAAAUUUGCUAAAUUAUCCAAUUGCAUCAAUAGAAAACUACUCACACUGAUAGGAUACAAAAAUACAGACGAUCCAAUAUUUCGCGAGAUAGCUGUCUCAAUAAACAGAGGAGAUAUUGUUAGAGAAAUCAACAAACAUCUUUUCAAGAAAGAAACAGGAAGAGAAUCAUCCUUACUUUCACUCGCGAUUAACCACUACAACUCAAUCGUGAGCUACCAAAAUAAUAAAAAUGCAUUUGAAUUGUAUUAUAGCAUAAAACUUACUAAAUACUAG